UUUUAGGCGCAAUCGUUCAGCAAGCGAUUCGGUUGUGCAUGACAGGCGUCAUCAACGCUAUUAUACGGAUCACAUUGAAUUAAGUGUUGAAAUAAGGAAUUUGAUUCCGGAAUUCUCGAUUGAAAAUGAAAACCUCAUCUGUAUACUGUACGAAAACGAUGACGGGGAUGAAAAGAAGUGGAAAUUGUAUUCAGCAAGUGAGCCACAAAUUGCUUACGGAGGACACGCCGAAUUUGUGACACUGUUCGCUGUUGACUAUGUUUUCGAACGAACGCAGUUGAUCAAAAUUGAAAUACGCAACUUUUCGAGCCGAUCAUCAAGUUCGAUUACUUCUGGAAACAUUGUUGGCAGCGCAAUAUUCAAACUCGAUGAGUUGAUUGGAGCGUUUGGAGCACAACUAUGUAAAGUGAUCAGCCCUAAAGCGACAAUUGCGUCAGCAUUGAGCGCACAAGCCUUUCCUAUGCAAUCGGCUGAAUAUAGAGGAACACUCAUUAUCACAGGACAUUUGGCAUCAAAGGCUGAACCGGUGAUUUUGCAAUUUGUGGGUCGUAAUCUUGAACGACGAGGAAAAUUCUUUGAUGAAACUGAAGUUUAUUUUCUGAUCCAUCGAGUGGAAAACAAUGAUGAGCGUACGUUAUUGUAUCAGAGUGAAUACAUUAAAAACCAUUCGCGCCCAUCCUGGAAUGUAUUCAACUUACAAAUGAAGCAGAUAGCCGAUAACAGAAACAGGCUAUUAGAAGUGAGUGUUAUGUAUCGUGAUGAGGUUGGCAAAAUUGGUUUUAUUGGUUCGUUCUUAACGAGUUAUGCAAAAAUGAAAUAUGGACCAGGCCCGGAGAAUAUCUACAACGUAAUUAAUCACAAGAAACUAACCAAAAAGGGCUACCUGAACAGCGGAAAAUUCGAGCUAACUAAAUUCACAGAUGUUUCAUUUUAUUCAUUCCUAGAUUAUAUCACCAGCGGUACACAGUUGCAUUUUGCCAUUGCAUAUGACUUCUCGAUUAAAAAAUCACUGACAGAAGAAGCGCAAUCGCAUGUCGACGCAGAUUUUCAGAUGGCGCUGAGAGCGAUUGGCGAAAUUAUUCGCGAUUACAGUCCAAACAAACUAUUCCCAGCACUAGGCUUUGGAGCAAAAAUACCGCCGGCUUUCUAUGAAUCGCAGGAGUUCUGCUUAAUACUUAUGGGCCUUAAUUUAAAACAAUCGCAGAAUUUCGAUACGGAUCCAUGUUGUCGGGGUAUUGACGGUGUACUGGACGCGUACAGAAAGGCUAAUCGCAUUGUUAUGCCUAUUGAGAAGGCUACAUUCUAUCAUAUAAUUCAUUACGUUUCCAAAAUGGCAAUAAAUUCGGGUGCAAAAGGCUUACAUUAUUACGUGCUAGCAAUAUUCACUCAAAGCGGACCAAUGGAAGAUCUUAAAGAAGUACUCAAAGCUCUCCUUCAUGCAUCAAAAGCUCCAUUAUCAGUAAUAUUUAUCGGGCUGGGCGAUGGCAAUUUUGACGACUUCUAUCGACUCGCAGGCAAACAUCAUCACGAAUCCAGGAAUAGACCAGAAAGAGAGAUUGUUGAGUUUCUGGAGUUGAACUCUGUUUUUGAGAGCACCGAAUGUGCAGCGCGUAACAAACGCCGUAUCGCAGAGCGUGCACUGCAUAGUGUACCAUGGCAUUUAGUCUCUUAUAUGCACAAAAAUAACAUCGCUGCUAAACCGCCAAUACAGAUUUCUCGUUCACCAAUAUUCCACGCAUCCUAUUUGAUACCAGAUCGACCAACCAUAUACGAUGAUAACGAUUACUGGGAAACGAAAAAUAAACACGGCUAUUGUAUACGUCCGAAAAGUUCAACUCCAUGUCGUCAAAGAUCGCAUUUUGACAGAUCUCCGACUUCUCGAUCAAAUCGUGCUAACUCGGCUAUCGACCAAACAAUUAAUCUGAAUCGUAUGAAUCGAAUCGAAGCACUUCCACCCCUGUCGAAUCGCCUAGAUGUCAUAGGACUACCGUAUAGAUCUCAUUCAGCUAUUCAGUCACCUCACGAUGAGUUUCAACGGCACAUUACUCAACGUCAAGCAUUCUUUUUCGAUGAUCAGACUGGGUCGUCCGUGCUUGAAAGGUUGUCUACACUGAAUUUUGUGGAAGGUAAUGACGAAAAUGCUUUGAGAAUACAUUCGAGAAUUGCGAAGACCCCAAGUGAUUUUCACUGA